GGCCGUCCUCGAUCGCAUCGACGGACCAGACAACAGCGAUCAUGAGCCGCAUACACCCCAACGCGGAGGCCUCCAGGCGUCUCCUGCGGGACGGCGCCGGCGAGGCGGCGGCGUGCUACACGGUCUGGAUGAGGUCCAGCAUGGGCUUCCAGGGCACCGACGGCUUCUCCGUCUACGACGCCGGGGGCGAGCUGGCCUUCCGCGUCGACAACUACUCCCGCCGCCGGAAGAUCUUCGCCGGCGAGCUCACGCUCAUGGACGGCCACGGCGCGCCGCUCCUCUCCCUCAGGCCGCAGAUCAUCAGCAUGCACGACCAAUGGAACUGCUACAAAGCACCAGAAGAAGGCCAAGCAAAGAGGGCAAGAUCACAGCAGCUCUUCUCGGUGAGGAAAUGCUCGGUCCUGCAGAACAACCGUGAAGCAGAAGUUUACAUGUCUUCAGCCUGCACCACCACCACCGACGCAUCAGCAUCAGACCAUGGCAGCACUGGCCACCAGUCCCCCGGCUUCUGGAUCGAGGGCUGCUUCCGGAGGAGAAACUGCAAGAUCCGCAGGGCCCACGACGGCAAAGAGGUGGCGAGGAUCGCGAGGAAGAAGGCGAGGACAGCCGCGACGCCUGACACGGCGCCUCUGACGCUCGGCGAGGACGUCUUCAGCCUCGUGGUGCAACCGGACGCUGAUUGCACGAUGAUCAUGGCCCUCGUCGUCGUUCUGGACCGGAUCUGCUGGAGGCCGUACACGCCGUUGAUAUGUUCUUCGUAGCCCGCGCUGAGUCGGCGAUCGACGAACCUCUGUUCGUUUUACACGGGGGAAAUGUAGAUGCCUUUUCUUUCUUCAGUUCUUCAAGUGACUGUCGCCUGAAGCAAGUAAGAGCCAGUGGAGAUGAAGUGCUGUUCAGUUAGUUGCAGCUGUCGGUUGGCUGAAAGCCUGAUCUAACUUGUAGUAAAACGUCGAACAAAGUUCUGACAUGCAGCAAUGCAGUGCAUCAAAAUGAAAUCCCAACAAUAUGAAUCUCGGACUUGAAAUGCCUGUACGAUUAAUCUGCAGAUUAUUGUUCCUACAUGACGGUGCCAUGUUAAUGGGCCACCUAGUGUUAGUUGCACCGUCAGAGAAAGUGCCAAGGACGGUACAGAAGACAAAAUGACCAAAGUUUGUCGAAUCCCAGCAGGGAAGCCUGUGUCUCCUGUGCCAUCUUUUCAGUGUCUAUUGCAUGAUUUGCAUCUCCUUACGUCUGCGAUCCCCGUCAGAAUGAUUCGGAAUAUGACGGAAAUAUACUGCAGAAAGGGAGAUUUUGCGUUUCGGCGUAAUGGGGAUCUUAAUUUUUACAGAAUGUCAGAAGAAUCGAGAAGAUGGACGAAAUUGAGGGAAUAUUGCCGUAAAGGUUAGCUGUCUUGUCUUGGCAGUCCUUUCGUAUCUAAGCUACUUUUGAUAAGUUAGCUGUAAUGAAGGGUACUGCUUCUGUUCGGGAAUAGCUGGCGUUUUAU